AUUUCCUGAGAAGCCAUAAGCUGCUACAAGCUCCAGAGUUGGAGUUCAAGAAUUCGACGAGUCGUCAUAGGUUCGAAAGGAUUUCGAGGAGGAGUUCAAGAUUCAGAGGAGUUUUGCGCAGACUCUUGGCUGUAGUUUCUAGCUGAGCUUGGAGCAGGCUGUAGUAACACGAGCUGCAUCUCGCAACUAGCGCACGUUCUACGUUUUGACGCACCAUAUCUUGAGCCCGUGGUUGACCAACCGCUCUGCUGUCCGAGCUGACUCACCUUUGAGCCCAAAGCCCCUCUCGUUAACUGCUGCUCGUAUCAUCCGACGCUGCACACAACGACCUGCUCGGACUUCCAGACGUGCCCCAGAUGAACCUAUUCGCUGCGGCGAUGGCAGAGCCACCGACAGUCUGUGCUGGUGGAAUGAAGGUGUGCUGGUAGGACUCCUAGCAUCAUCACAGCACAGCUGAUCUGAUGAAGCUGAGCUGGCUCCAGCAGCGAAACGAGCUCGGCUGGAUUCGGUUGGGAUUGGAUUAUAGUCGAGGCUGCGCUGGCAGGACCUCUCCUCGUUGGUCUGCCCGCACCCACGCAUGAGUUCCCGCAUCACUCUAAAUGUGGCCUUGGUUUGCCACUUGAGUACCCUACUCACAGGUCAGCGAAACCCCGUUGGCGAGAUGUUUGAUUGGGGGGGUGAGAUUCUUACAAGGACUGAACUGAACCCGGUCGGCCUCGGACUCUUCCACCGCGCGCCGGAAAAAAGGAAAGGACGUAUUUUUGAGAGGCCUCAAAAAGUUGUCUCGCUUUGGGGAAAAAGGAUAGGCUUUUCCACCAACCCCCUGCUGACUUUGGUGGAGUGUAGCUCUAGGACUGUCCUGCGGAAUCCCAUUCCGUAACAGUGAAACAGGUCAGCGCAAAUGCUGCUCGCAUUAUCUCGCUCGCUCAUCGGCGACUCGCUUCACGUGUGGCGGGCGGAGAGGGUUUUGUGCUGGGUAAGGUGCGCCGCGCUGCUACCUCAGCUGGGACGUUCACUUUUUGGUGACGCGAGGCAUUCCCGUGACUGUUGGCCGUUCGGUACCUCAGACUUGCCCAACAACUGCCAGCGCUGCAUCAUGCAGAGACGUUCGGCUGCGACCGACUCCAGCGGCGUGCGCUAGACGUUCGCAAGCGUUCGCUCCCAUCCCAUCCCCUUUUUGGAUGAAUGUUUCCAACAGAGUCUGUUGGACCACAUUGCAUUCCCUCGCUUACUCGCUGCUGUUUCCAGUGGAGAAACAAACUGCGGAGCACGGAUAGAGCUAGGUUCUCGUAUGCUUGGCACGAACAGCGUCCAUAGUAGUAGCAACCUCCAGCACGACAGCGCAGCAACCUCAGCACCCGAACAACCUCCAGGAACCCUGCUCCUCGUAGAAGUAGGCAAGAUGAGGGGGAGACAGCGGCGUUACAGCGCUUCCUGCCAGCAGCCGGAGUCUCUUAGCCGGCAGCUCGACCCACGCCGGCGUCCGCAGAAGCUUCUGCUCGGCGCGGCGCUGCUGCUGGCUGCUCUGCUGCUCCACCCAGCCAUUGUUGAAGGCAUCCCCUGGGAUGCGUCUCAAGUGCCUGUGAUCGAGGACCUGAGGAAGGCCAUGACUGUGAGCGGACAGGUGGUUGCGUUCAAGGGGUGGAAUGCAGGCGACGACUGCACCACUGCUCAAGUGCUCACUUGUGACGGCCAGGGCAUGGUCACCAGCAUAAACCUGAUAUAUAACACCGCCAGGUACUACGGCUCCAUCCCUCCAAGCAUCGGGACUCUCCUGCAACUCACUUCCUUCGUGCUCCAACAUACCAGGUUCGACAAGUCGCUCCCUGGGUCGCUCAGCAGCCUUGUGAAGCUCGUGCGCCUUGACCUGCUCGACAACUUCUUUGUGGGAACCAUUCCGUCCUUCAACAGCUUGACUGCACUGACGUACCUUGACCUUUCCGACAACAUGUUCAACGGGACCGUUCCCUCUUUUGGCAGCUUGACUGCGCUCACGUACCUCAACAUGUCAUACAACGGCCUUUCCGGGUCCCUCCCCGACUGCUUCGAGAGCCUUUCCAACCUUGCAAGCCUUCAGCUCCGGCGUAACAAGUUCACCAAGGAGAUCCCAGCGUCUAUCAGCAGCCUGGUCAAGCUCUCAGCUCUUGACCUGUCCGCCAACUCCUUCACCGGGACCGUUCCCCCUUUUUCCAGCUUGACUGCGCUCACAUACCUAGGUAUGGGAGGCAACUAUGGCCUGUCUGGUUCUAUUCCAGAGUCCGUCAGUCUGCUAAAGCAGCUUGUCGAGCUAGAGUUGCUAUAUGUUAAGCUCGAUGGCUCCGUUCCUUCAGGGCUCUUCGCUCUUCCGCGCAUCACCCGCAUAGUCAUCGCGAGCAUCUAUCAGCUGUCCUGCACUAUUCCACAGUCUAUCAGUUCGCUAACCAACCUUGUUGAGCUAAACUUGCCAUACAUUAGUCUGACUGCUGUGAUCCCUUCAGAGCUCUUCACUCUUGCAAGCCUCACCCGCCUAAAGAUAGGAGGCCGUUUUGAGCAGUUUGGUUCCAUUCCAGAGUCCAUCAGUCACCUCACCAACCUUGUCGAGAUAGACUUGUCUCACGCUACUUUCACUGGCGGCAUACCCGCAGGCCUCUUCAAUCUAUCACAACUCACCAGCAUUGUGUUUAACGACGCACACCUUUCGGAGUCACUCCCUGCAAACUUAUCCAAGAUGGCACAGCUCAAGCAUCUGGAUCUCAGGUACAAUCACUUCUUCGGCCCUUUCCCUGACAUCAAAGGCUUGAGCCAGCUGACUUACCUAGACAUCGGUCACAACUUCUUUGCGGGAGACAUUCCAAUAACGGAUGAUAUGACCGACUUGCGUUUCCUCAAUCUAGAGUUCAACUACUUUAAGUCUGGGUUCAUUGAGGAUUACAUCUGUUAUCAGGCUGAUGUGAUGGUCACCAGCAACUGCUUCGUCUUGGAUGUGCCGUGCCAGCUGAAUGACUGGCAGAUGGGAGAUUGCUCUGAUUUCUGUGGAAUGAAUGCGUACAACGGCCUUUCCCCCUGUACCGGCCAUGGUUACUGCUACGGGGAGAACUUGAACGCACCGUGGGUGCAGCAGAGCGUGAUGCAGUGCCAGUGCGCAAAUAAUUACACGUACGGGUCGACUAACGCGUCCUGUAUUUCUCCGCUGGAGAGUUCUCAGACUAACGUGCUGGAUGGCUUGCUGAAGCUGUGGGGCGCGUCCCCUAACAUCACGUGGCAGACCCUUCUGCAAUUUGCCGAAACUGAAGACAAUUUCAUUGUUAGACUUGACUUCUCAUACAUGGGCCUGUCUGAAACUAUCCCAUCGAUUUUGACAAAACUCGCUCGCCUCACACAUCUAAAUCUGUCUAUGAAUGCGUUUUCAGGAAAUGUCCCCGAAUGUCUUAGCAGCCUGGUCCGAAUGCAAGAACUGGACUUGUCAUACAACGAGCUGUCUGGCUCGAUUCCAUCCUCCUUCAGAAGCCUACGCUACCUUAAGACGUUGAAUGUGAGCAACAACUACCUCUAUUCUGGCACUCUGCCCAGCGCCACAUGCACCUCCACAACACUGACCGCCCUCUCCCUGGAAAACAACUGUUACCCCCCCAGCGCCGUCCCCUGCAGCCACGCAGACUGCCGAGAAAUCAACUGCGGCUUGACCGUCCCCUGCAUCUCAGUAGAAUCCUUGGAAAUUGACUGCACCGUCACCAUAGCCUUCGACUCUGUAGAAUGCGCUGAAACCGACUGCACCAUCACCAUCCCUUCCGGCUCGGUACAAUGCGCUGCAACUGACUGCUACAUUAACAUCCCUUCCGACUCUGCAGAAUGUGCUGAAACCGACUGCAGCAUCAGCGUCCCCUCUGACUCGGUAGAAUGCAUGGGAACCGACUGCACCAUCACCAUCUCCUCCAACUCAGUAGAAUGGGGGGAACUCGACUGCGCCAUCACCUUCCCCUGCACCUCAGUAGUCUCCCUGAAAAGCAAAUUCGCCAUCACCAUCCCCUACAGCUCAGUAGACUCCUUAGGAAGCCACUUCACCAUCCCCUCCGACUCAGUAGACUGCGUGGACGACAACUGCGCCAUCACCGUCCCCUAUGGCUCAGUAGACUUUCCGGAAAAGACGUGCACCAUCACCAUCCCCUUUGACUCAGCAGUUUGCGAAAAUAACAACUGUGAAAUCGCCAUCCCCUGGGACUCAACCCUGGAAAACAACUGCACCGGCCACAUCUCCUGCAUCACCCAGCGCCCCCCUGAAGAUUGCUCCGCCUUCUGCGGCCUUUCCCCUCCCUUCGACACGCCCUGUGCCGGCCUCGGCCACUGCCACUGGGAGUGGGGGGAAAACGACGCGAGCACUGCCAUGUGUGCGUGCAAGGAGGGGUACAAUACUGGAAAGGAGUCCACAACAUGUGUUCCCCUGCUCUCACAAACGGAAUGGGCUGUGUUGGAGAGUCUAACGGCUGCAUGGGGUGGCUUUGAUGGCAAUGGCACAUGGAAGAGUGGCAUCCCCUGCGAGCUAAUGAAUAACGUCAUAUGUGACGAUGCCAACCAGAUUGUAGCGCUUGACGUAUCCUGGCAAGGCAUCUGGGGAAACAUUCCAGACGCCAUCACUGGCUUGGAGAGCCUGAGUGUGCUGAAUCUGACAGGCAACUACUUCACUGGUACCCUGCCGAAAGCCUUAGGCAGUCUAUUGAGCCUCGUGUCUCUGUCUGUCAGCAACAACUACUUCUACGCUGACACUCUCCCCAAGACAAUGUGCAAUGCGUCCGCCCUCGACAUGAUAGCCAUCUCCCUGCAGGGCAACUGCUUCAACUCCAGCGCCAUGCCCUGCGACCUCACCCACACCCAGCGCCAAAAUUGCUCCGCCUUCUGCGGCCUCUCCCCUCCCUCCACCGUGCCCUGUGACGGCCACGGCUACUGCCACUUGGUUGACGGCAAUGCUACGUGUGCAUGCAAGAAGGGGUACGGGCACGGAGAUAAUUCAAGCACAUGUGUCAACGUAUUGCCAAAAUCGGAAUGGCUCGCUUUGGACGCGCUGAGAGUGGCCUGGGGUGGCUUCAACGGCUCAGGCACAUGGAACGAAAGCUUCUCUUGUGUGCAGAUGUUGCAUGUCAAGUGCAACGAGUACAACCAAAUAGAGAAACUGAACGUUUCUGGGCUAAACAUAUCGGGUUUUAUUCCAAGCAGCAUUGAAGGCCUGUCGCACCUCACAUUACUCAAUGUGUCCAACAACGCUAUAGCGGGGCCCAUUCCAGACUCCAUCAGCUGUCUAACGAAGCUCAGAAUCUUGGACUUGUCACACAACCAACUGUCAGGAGCUUUACCAAGUGGGCUCAACAGCUUGCUAGGGCUCAACAGCUCGCUAGGGGUCAACAACUCGCAAGGGCUUAGCCCAAAAGGGCUGCUGGCAUUGAACGUGAGCCAUAACUACCUCUACUCCAGCAGUCUGAAUGCCACCACGUGCAACUCAUCAGCGCAGCUGCUCUCCCUGCACAACAACUGCUUCAACUCCAGCGCCAUGCCCUGCAACCUCACCCACACCCAGCGCCCCAGAGAAAAAUGCUCUGCCUUCUGCCACCUUUCCCCUCCCUCCACCCCGCCCUGUCCUGGCCACGGUUAUUGCUACUGGAAAGGGGGGGAAGGCUUGGGCAAUGCCACGUGUGCGUGUGGGUCAGACUCCAAUAGGGGAGGCACUCUUGAAACAUGCGAUGGCCUUCCCCCAGAUUUAGAGUGGGCUGCACUGGAAGCACUAACGAAGGCCUGGGGGGGGUUUAACGGAAAUGGCACGUGGACGAGCGUUAGCGCGUGUGCCCAGAUGAAGCACAUAACCUGUGAUGCUGACAACCACAUCAUCAGCCUGUUAUCAAAUGGCUCUCAAGUUGUGGGAAGCAUACCAGCGCUUAUUGGGAAUCUCAUCCAUCUGACCGCAUUGAACCUUACUGGAAGCCAAUUCCGUGGGAGUCUUCCAACAACGAUUGGGCGACUUACCAAUCUAGUCCAGUGGGAUUUUCAUACCAACUCGUUCACGGGUAAAAUUCCGAAGUCGAUCUCAGCAUUGCAACGACUAGAGAUUUUGGAGUUUGGUGACAACAUGUUCAAAGGCCAAAUUCCAGAUGGAGUCUGUAAUAUGACAAAGCUUACCAAGCUCAAUAUCUCGCACAAUACCUUUGCGGGAUCCAUCCCUGACUGCUUGUCGAACUUAACGAAGCUUAGUAUAUUGGACAUGAAUGACAACCGUAUGACGGGGCAGUUGCUUCCCAAUCUUAAGGCGCUGAAGAAACUCACGUAUAUGGAUCUGAGUAACAACCGUUUUUCAGGAAGCUUACCUUCUAGACUUACUUCCUUGAAGGCUCUCCGCACAUUGAAAUUGGACAACAACAAGCUCAGUGGAGCCCUUGCGCCACUGCCAAAAAACGUCAGAUUCAGCGCUCGUUACAACUAUCUCUCCCGUGCAAACUCGGUGACCUGCAAGAAGGGCUAUCUUGAAAAUAACUGCUUUCUCGAUAAGAAGCGCGUAUGCCCAAAGCUUCCUCGGCGGCCCAUGAAUGAGUGCGCUCCGUUCUGCGGGCUAUCGAGCAAAAUGCAUCCCUGCGUGGGUCGCGGAUCAUGCGUUCUGGACGGGGUGGAUGAAACGCCUACGUGUGUCUGUGAUGGUGGCUACGCCAAUGGAGAGAUCCCCUUCACCUGCAUCCCGGAGGAGCAAAGCUACCCCCAGACCGACAUGAUUAUCAUCGAGUCCACGUUCACCCUCACAAACCGCACAUCAACACUCCCUGGAGAGUACUUUUAUGAAGUCCCCUUCAGGCUCUUCUCGUAUGAAACCAUCGGGAAUGAUUGCGGCCGCCAGUUCUACUUCAACGUCAGCUUCGCCUUCAUGAUGCUUCCAAAGCUCGCUACUGGGGGUGGCGGGCUCGCGUUUGUUGUCUCUUCCACAAAAAAGCGCGGCAACGGCAGCGGAGUGGGGUAUGCUGGGAUGGACAAACGCAGCAUGGCUGUUGAGUUUGACACGUGGCUGGAUAAACAGGACAAAGACACCAGCGCAAAUCAUGUUGGGGUAAACCUGAAAGGAAGCCCCUUCUCUGUGAAAACUGCUAACGUCUCAAAGGACCUGAACAAUGGGAGGAUGUACUUCGCAUGGGUGGACUAUGGCCCCGGGGAGUCUGAGAGCUUGAGGGUGUUCGUUAAUGCUUCCAACACCAAGCCGGACAACCCCUCGCUCUCCAUGAACCUCUCGCUCUGCGACCUCCUCCAGCCCACACCGAAGAAGAACUCGUAUUACUUUGGCUUUGUGGCGGCAUCACUACCCCGGCACGAGCAGGAGCAUCUCGUGGCAACGACAACCAUUGACAUAGGAUUUACUCUGCCCCCAGCACUGCCUGAAGAUGGCAGGGCCACGGGCCUGGUUUUGGAUGUGGAUACAUUUAACCCCACGAUCGCAAGCCCGUUCACGCGCUACGUGAGCGUGGGAUACUCCCCAGCACAGGACGGGCAGGACUCGUGGAACAUCCCCACCUUAUCCACGUGGACCUUGGACUCGACCUGGGAGGCACCGGACCAAGGCGAUUGCAGCGACUGUUGGGCGUAUGCAGUGGUGGCGAGCAUAGAGGCGGCAUACGGCAUCGCCACCAACAACAAGAUGUACCCGUCGCUCUCCAUCAACUCCCUCUUCGAGGUCACCAGGAUGGCUUCCUGCGAGAGCGGCUCGCCCACCCUCGCCUUUCAGAAACUCGUUGCCUCUAAGAAGGGCCUUCGGAAUACCUCUUCUUGGGAUUCCUCCCCCUCCUCCUUGGCUUCCGUUCGCUCGCCCUCCUCUUCUCUCGUCGCCUGGUUAUUCAAAGCAGUGUGGCACAGUCCCUCCCUUGGCAAAGCCGCUCUUCCUCGUCGUCAUCGUGCAGCAGCAGCAGUAGCAGAAACCGGGAAUUACAUCGUGUCUGGGUUUGAGCGGACGGCAUUCAAGGGGUACUUUGGCCUCAUGCUUGCGGUGCGGCGGCAGCCAGUCGUGGUUCACAUCGAGGCGAGCGCCGCCUCUUUCGUCAAUUACAAUGGGUCGUUCAGGUACGACGAGCCAGAUUGCUACACAGGCAACCUCAACCACGUUGUACUCGUUACAGGCUACCUCCUCAUGGGCACGGAUAAGAACCGACCGCGCACUCUUUCACCCUUCUGGAGGAUCCGCAACUCGUGGGGCACGGAGUGGGGGGCGGAGGGGUACAUUCACAUGGGCAUAGCGCCAGGGGAGGGCAUCUGUGGCAUCAACGUGCUGCCUGGCAUCUACCCGAUCAUCAGAAAUUCGGAUGACCCCUGUAUGCGUGAGUCAUUCAUAACCGGCAACGGUGACGCGGUCAUGAACCCCUGUGGCAGCUACGAGUGCAUCGAAACCGCAGAUGGCGCCUCCAACACCUGUGGAUGCAAGCCCCCGUUCGUCGAGGCCCUGAAUAACGAUGGCUCUCGCUCCUGUGCCUAUGUGGAUGUGUGCAGUGCCAGCAUGCAGAACCCCUGUGAGGUGGGCUCAUGCAUCAACGAUGGACAGGGCAGGUACACCUGCAUCUGCCCAUCAACGCACAUGCUAGACACCACAAUCGAUGGCUUCCCGACCUGCACCAGAGGUUUUGGCACUGCUACCACCCUGAUGGUGGCUGGGAGCAACUGGCAUUGUGCCGACGUGCAUUCUCUCUUCGGACUCACACUAGACGAGUUUAAACAUAAUAACGUGAAAAUUGACUGCUCGGAUCGGCUCCCAUGGAACCAACCGCUUAACAUGGCUAAGGCAAAUGUGGAUGCGUGCUCUGCUUUCUACUACACACUACCAUCGGACACCUGCUCUUCAAUUGAGACGUUCCUCAAGUUAAGCGGCUCCUUGGAGAAGCUCAACCCAGGCAUUCAAUGCUUAAGCCUCGAUGCAUCCCGCUCCCUUUGUAUCGAGCGUAACUCGACAGCUUUGGGCCCCGUCCGCAAGUGCCAUAAGACUGCCAUAAUAACGAAGAUGGAUGACUGCACAAACGCAGGGAAUGCCCUCGGGAGUGGUAUAACCAUGGUGGACCUGUACCGAAUGAACCCGGGGCUUGUGUGCGAUCCUGCGAAAGGCCUGAAGGGCGAUGCAAGUGGAAGCAUGAAAGUGGAGGUUUGUGUGGAUGCAGAAUAUGACAACUACUCUAUGGGUAAAUGCUCCGUAGGCAAAUUGAAGUACUUUAAAGCUGACACACCGUGCGUUAGCCUUCUUGCCAGAGAAUUCAAGGGGAAGCGAGCAGAUUUCAGAGCUUUGAACAAGAGAGAGUGUGCCACCACUAUCGGGGGGAAGCCUCAAGAGCAUGUGGCUUUAUGCAUACCCUCUUAGCUCCCAAGUGAUCUUUGCGAUGUUCGUGGUGUUUGUUAUUGUGGACUUGAUGUUCAUGACAUGUGUGAUGUUUUCGCUCUUCUUGAUAGU